CCACAGAAGAAGAAGAACCAGGAAGCUAAGGUCGCUGGAGAGGAUCGAGCAGAUGGAGGGUGAGAGCUCCAGUGAUCGAGUGAUCGAUUAAAUCCAAGGAAAGACGUUUGGAUAUUAGAUCUCAUAUCAUCUCUAUGUUCGAUCUCCUGCAGGAUAUAGUUGAUCGAUAUUGAAACGAUCAGUGAUUGUUGAUCCUCCUCAGGUGAAAAACCUUAUCUUCACUUCUGUAGUGUUUUCUUUAUAUUUCUUUAUAUUUCUUUAUUUAUCGUUUUUCGGCCCUAACCCUCUGGAUGAAGGUUCUUCUCAUCAGCUGUUGAUUAAGAGAAAUUUAUUCUGCAGAUGAACUUUGAGAAAGUUAAAAUGAGAACGGACGACGACGAGUGAAUUGACAAAGGGCAGUGAAUGAAGGAAGAGAAAGGAAGUGAAGUCUGUGUAUUGACAUCACAUCGGAAUAGACCCAGGACGACAAGAAUCAAGAAAGUACAAUUUCUUCAAAAUAAAGCAAAACUUCAAAGUGCUAUAAGUCAGUCAGGUGACAUCAAGAUGACCUCAGCAAACAGGAAGUGCUCUGCUGUCACAGGAAGUGCUAGAAAGAUCAAAGAUAACGUUGCCGACUGGCACAACCUGAUGCUGAGGUGGGAGAAGCUCAAUGAGAACGGAUUCUGUGUAGCAGCCAACAUCGUCAACAUCAAACUGUCUCGGAACAAACAACGGCAGCAGCAGCUGGUGGAUGAGUCCACCUCGUCUUCCUCGUCUUCCUCACCUCCAGCUUUGGAGCUGCAGGACGAAUGCAGCAAACUUCAUGACAUUGUCGUCAAAAUGGUUGCCAUGGUGACAAAGAUGGAGCAUCUGAUGACAUCACAGCGAGGCAUUCGGGAUCUGGAGGAAUUUCAGUUUGGAGCCGAAGGAAGAACAAGUCCUCUAUUUCACACCUGGAGCACUGAACAGUUUGAGUCCUCAUCUGGCUUCCUGUGGGAAGCGUUCAGUCAGGAGCUGAAGCUGAAGCAGGCCGUCCUGCAGGAAGUCGCUCACACCACAGACCCUGACCUUGACAUGGUCUUCCUGUCCUGCUGGCUACAUCAGCCAUACACCCCCCCCCAGACCCGACAGAACCUGGAGGCUCUGCUGCUGGAGACCGGACACCGCCCACUGUGAUGUUCAUCCUCUCCAGGUGUUAGCGUAGAUGUGUGGAGCAAUAACAGUGUUAAUAAAGUUCUAUUUAUUCAGUUA